UUGAUUAGUCCCCACAUCUUAUAAUCGUGGUAUAUUAAGGGGACACGGGGGAUUAAAGAUGGGGCGAACUGCGACAGUUGCAGUCUGCACGCUCAACCAAUGGGCCAUGGACUUUCGGGGGAAUUUACAAAGAAUUCUUAGCAGCAUCCAGGAAGCCAAGAAUCAGGGGGCUCGAUACAGAUUGGGGCCUGAGCUAGAGAUCCCUGGAUACGCAUGUGGUGAUCACUUCCUCGAGAGUGACACGUUCCUGCACUCAUGGGAGGUUCUGGCCGAGUUGCUGCAGUCGCCUGUGACGCAGGACAUCAUCUGUGACGUUGGCAUGCCAGUGAUGCACAAGAAUGUGUCGUACAACUGUCGAGUUAUUUUCUGUAACAAGAAAGUCCUGCUGAUCCGCCCCAAGAAGCACCUGUGUAAUGACGGCAACUAUCGCGAACCUCGGUGGUUCACAGCGUGGCGCAAACAUCGAGUUUUGGAGGACCACUUCCUGCCCCGUAUCAUCCAGAACAUCACAGGCCAGAGCACUGUUUCCUUUGGUGAUGGUGUUUUGUCAACUCUAGACACCUGUAUUGGUAGCGAGAUUUGUGAGGAGCUGUGGACACCAGCAAGUUCUCAUAUUGACCUGUCCCUCGAUGGUGUUGAGAUAAUCUGCAACAGCAGUGGAAGCCAUCAUGAACUGAGGAAAGGCCACACACGUUUUGAUCUAGUCAAACAGGCCACAGCUAAGUGUGGUGGAGCGUAUCUGUUCAGCAAUCUGAUUGGCUGUGAUGGGGAGAGGGUGUACUACGACGGUGGAUCAAUGAUCUCGGUCAACGGGGAGUUGGUGGCACAGGGACCACAGUUCUCAUUGCAGGAAGUGAUUGUCACCACUGCAACCUUUGACCUUGAGGAUAUUCGUAUGUUCAAGAACUCAAUUCGCAGCCGAUCAGAGUCAGCAAGCCUUGCACCCAUUUACCCAAGGGUCACUGUGGACUUCUCACUGUCGGAUGGGGAGGAAUACAAUCUGAAACCUGUCACUGACCCUGUGGAACCCCAUCGUCAUAGUGCUGAGGAGGAGAUCAGCCUUGGUCCAGCGUGUUGGUUGUGGGACUACCUACGUCGCAGUCGACAGGGGGGCUUCUUUCUGCCCCUCAGUGGGGGUGUUGACAGUUCCAGCACAGCCUGCAUCGUCAGCUCCAUGUGUCAUCUCGUGUGUCGGGCCGUCCAGGCAGGAGACAAAACAGUCCUGGAAGAUGCUCAGCGAUUGGUUGGGGAGGAGGACUAUGUCCCCAGUGACCCCCGUGACCUUGCCAGUCGGAUAUUCACCACCUGCUACAUGGCUUCGGAAAACAGCUCGGAGGAGACGCGCAACAGGGCCGUGGGUCUGGCUCAGCAGAUAGGCAGCUACCACCUGAACAUCAACAUCGACGUGGCAGUGAAAGCUAUCCUCACCAUCUUCACCACUGCUUGUAUGGUGGUCCCGAAGUUUAAAGUUCAUGGUGGUGGUCUGAGAGAAAACUUGGCUCUGCAGAAUGUUCAGGCCCGUGUCAGGAUGGUUCUCGCCUACCUGUUUGCUCAGCUGUGUCUGUGGGCCAGGGGACGGUCAGGCGGACUGCUCGUACUGGGCUCGGCCAAUGUGGACGAGAGUUUGCGUGGAUAUAUGACGAAAUAUGACUGCUCCAGUGCUGACAUCAACCCCAUCGGGGGCAUCAGUAAAACAGACCUCCGUCGCUUCAUCCAGUUCAGCAUCAAUAGGUACAAGCUGACUGCACUGGCCAGCAUCUUGAAGCCCACCCCUGCAGAGAUGACACUGAUGGUUGAUGGAUGGAUCACUUCCACCAUGUUUCAUAAGCUGUAUGUGUUCACUCUGCAGGAGGACAUGGGGAUGUCGUAUGAUGAGUUGUCAGUGUACGGGAAGCUGAGGAAGCAGAGGUUUUGUGGGCCGUACAGCAUGUUCUGUAAGCUGGUCCACCUCUGGCGGGACAAGCACACCCCCACCCAGAUUGCAGACAAAGUGAAAUUUUUCUUCCGGUCGUACUCCAUCAACCGACACAAGAUGACGGUGUUGACUCCAUCGUAUCAUGCAGAGAGCUACAGCCCUGAUGACAACCGCUUCGAUCACCGCCAGUUUCUCUACAACGCCCAGUGGCCUUGGCAGUUUGCAGCCAUUGACAGAGAGGCAAAACGGAUCUCUGAUUGUUGGAAGAAAAACCCUGGAUUGAUGCAAGCACGGAAUUCUGGGAAAAGUGAUGGCAGCUCCCGAUCCCCCAUCAGCUCUACUCGCUGGGGAACCAAUGACUCAAACAGUGCAUCCAGGACGGGACAAGCAGGCAGCUCCAUCAUGGGCGUCACUGUGUCCACAGAUGUUGUGGAUGUCAAACUCGAACCCGUGGACACAACCGCCACCCUUCCAGAGCCAGACGUUAUUUCCAGUGAUUCAGUCAGAGACACAACUCAGGAUGAUGGGCUUACCCAUGAUCCUCUCUGUCUUCAGGUCAACAGGAAGAGAUCAGGUCUACAGUGGAUGACGUUGGCCGACACAGCCAGUGUGAAGAGAGGCAGGUGUAGUCACCAUCAGCAGUCAGAUCCUGUGGGACCCAGCAACCAGGGACUGGACAUGGAGACGUGGAGAUACAAGAGUCUGGAUGGCAGAGCUGGACAGGAUGUGGAUAGACUUGCACUGCAUUGUGGGAUGGAGAUGCCAUGUGACGCUGUAAAGCUCCACACAGUGUUGUGUUCCUGAUCAAGUUAUUGCUAGUGGUAGUAUGAAGAGCUGAAUCCUAUGAGUGAUUGUGAGCUUGUGUGCUUGUGUAGGACAUAUUAUAUAUAUACAGAGGUUUUCUAUUUUCCAAAAUUGGUGCCACAUGUGUAACCUAGUCAUCCUACUUGAACAGGCACUGGUGACCCUGUCAUGUGAGGUGCCUCGGUUCUCUGUGCCUGUCCUGUCACUGAGAGUUGCUUCCCUUGGGCAGUAGGCUUGAAUCCAAGAUUGACCUGAUUGUGUACAGUAAGUAGACAUAGGUAUUUGUCACCACACAAAAUGCUGAGCAGUACGUUUAACAAAACAAUAACAAGGCAUGAAAUAUAUUUAGAACAUGUAUGUCGUUUGAUUGCCCAAGUUGUGGGAGUAAAGGUAUGCAAAUCAGGCAAAUUAAGCAGAGCCCAAUAAGAAAGUAUUGUAAAAGCAUCAAAACAGGUGAAAAUGGUUAAGAAUAUUCAUCAUACCAAGAGCAACCAUCAACAGUAUAAUUAUCAGAAAAUAUGGGCAAGUUGGUUAUGUGGAUAAUUUGGAACUACGGUAAGUGGGAUAUAUUGUCAUUGGAGAAGAGAUGACUUCUUCCUUGAUCACAGUGCAAAUGUCAUAGAUCUACCCACAUUUUAACCUGGAUUUUGUCAUAUUCACAUGUAAGUUUCUAUGAAAAGAUGGAUGAACAUGAACAUAAAACACUGGCUAAAGUGUCAUUGUAUAAACCUCGAUCUCUCACUACAGAGAACUUUAUCUCGGUCAUCAAAGGGUAUUAUUGUAGGUUUCUUCAGUCUGUCAAGUGCAGAUUAUUGCAACAUUCCAUCAACAUCACGGCAGGGGACACCAGAAAUUGGCAUUGAACAUUGUAUGCUUGUGGGGAAUCAAACCCAGGCCUUCGGCAUGACAUGUGCAUGCAACAACAACCCCCUAGAUCAGAGAUCUCAUAGAAACAUGUAAGCAGCGUGUGUAUUUAUUCAGCUUCAAGCAGCUAUCCCGAUGAACUGAUUCUUUUGUCUGGUCAAGGAAACAUAAAAUAUAUCGUCUAUCAUAUUAUUAACGUUUAUGUAUAAUGAAAUGUUUGUGAUGUUUUGUCAAAAAGCAAGACUUCCAUACUAACAACUGUUUAUGUUGCUGAUGUGUAAGAAUAAUUUGUUACGCCCGAUUGUAAUGUUUUUGUCUGUACAUGUACUCCAAUUCACUGAAACUUUGUUAUCCUGUUCUCCAGCCUGUGAUGUUUUUUUGUGUAUCUGAUAAGACCAUGAAUAUUUUGGACUCGUUAUUGUUUUUGUCUGCAAAACUGUACAUGUAUUCCAGUACAUUGAACCUUGUUAACUGUUUAUGAAACUUUGAGAUAGCCUACGAACUUUGUUAAUGAAAGUGUUCUUCGUAGUUCAGUGAUAGUGUUAAAUCCAUUUCAUAAUGUCACACACUCGAAAACAUAUCAAGAUUGAGGAAUCGCAGGUAAUAAUGUUGUGCUGUGCAUUUUUCUACUUUAAUAAAAAUGAGGUUUCA